AAAACCCUAGCACAAAAGUUACCAAAUUUUGCGGAACUCGUACCCUAAAACCCCAAAUCUCCAUAAUUCUUCCUCCCAUUCUUUUUAAACGCAGAAAUGAAGAGCUUCGAGAUCGAUGGUACCACUCUCUCUCUCGCUCUCUUCGUCGACGUUACCAAUUCCAAAGAGCUUCUGGAGUUGAUGCAAGCAGGGACUUUGGAACCAGAAGUAGCAUUUCUCAAUGCUUCACUUAUACCAGAUGUUUUCCCUGUUCUUGCUGCAGCAAACAAGACGCUUGUAGCAAAAAUACGAGACUCACUGACAACCCGCACUCUUCAUUCGGAGCUUGUCUACAACUACUCAGGCUCCAAACAUAUAUCGGAGUCCUUGAAGAGGUGCGGCAUAUCAGACAGCACCACUUACAUCCUCGCAGCUCGUUUUGGUGCUACAGCUGAUGAGAUGACAGCCAUAAAGGGGCUUAUCAAAGGGACAGAAAUAGGGUUGGAGGAAUUGGAAACACGAGCUAAUCAAGCCCAGAUACAGAAGGUUUGUUCAUCAUCAUCAUCAUCGAUCCGAUUUAAAUAUGUUGUUGCUGGUGUUGAUGUUUGCUUUGUUGAUCUCAGCACUACAAAAUAUCAGCGCCGGAGUUGGGGAUAUCUUCGGUGGCGGAUGCUAUUACGUGCAGGAUUUCUGCGCGAGAUGCUUUGUAACAAAAGCGCUCAGCUUAUUAUCUGCUUGUAAUAUUUUUACCUGAUGAUAUAUGGUAAUACCAAACCAACUUAUGUAAUCAUAGUUACACUAGGACCAAAACAAUAAUGAUUAAACAUUCUCUUGCCUGGAA